UCAUACAGGAGAUGUUCAAGUCGCUGCUGGAAACAAAGGAGCAGAAGUGGACUGCGCUGAAGGACGAAGCCUCCGGGCGGAUGAUGGAGCUCUCUGAUGUGUUUGGGGGAAACGUCCCCCUCUCCCGCAUCGAGAAGAACGAAGACCUGCAAGCGUACUUUGCCAAGACGAGUAAGCAGAUUGCCGCCUUUGACUACAGCAACUCCACAUCUGCCGGCAGAAAAAUCGUCCAGCUCAUCCAGGCGCUGGAUGAGGUGCAGGAGUUUCAUCAGCUGCAGAAUUCGCUGCAAGUCCGCCAGUUCCUACAGGAGACGCAGCAGGGGCUCAAGCAGAUGAUGCGCACGAUCAACAUCAAGGAGGAGACGCUGCAGCGGAUUAGCGUCAUUGCCGACCUCAGCUACGCCUGGCAGAUCAUCGACACAUACACACCGCUGAUGCAGGCCGGGAUCAAGGCAAACCCGGCGCUGGUUAUCAAACUCCGCGCAACGUUUCUCAAGCUCGCAUCCGCCCUCGAACUCCCGCUCGUCCGCAUCUCGCAGGUUGGCUCCCCGGAUCUCGUGUCCGUCUCGGAGUUCUACAGCAGCGAGCUCGUCUCCUACGUCCGCAAGGUGCUGCAAAUCAUUCCCCGCAGCAUGUUCACCCUCCUCGAGGAAAUCAUCAAGCUCCAGACGGUGACGAUGAGGGAGGUGCCGACGCGGCUGGACAAGGACAAACUUAAAGACUUUGCACAGCUUGAUCUCCGGGAGAAGGUGUCUGAGCUGACGUACAAGAUCUCUGUGUUCACGGAAGGAAUUCUGAUGAUGAAGAGCACACUCGUCGGCGUUGUCGAGGUUGACCCGAAGCAGCUGCUUGAGGACGGCAUCCGAAAGGAGCUUGUGAACCAGGUGGCCCGUGCAUUCGACACCAUCAUCGCCUUUGAGGCGCAGAAGGGGAAGGAGCCCGAGAUGCUGCCCCGUCUGCGCGCCCUCGCCAAGCGCCUGCAGGGCAUCAAGCGGUCCUUUGAAUACAUCCAGGAUUACGUGAGCAUUUAUGGCCUCAAGAUCUGGCAAGAAGAAGUGUCGCGCAUCAUCAACUUCAAUGUCGAGCAGGAGUGCAACGCGUUCCUGCGCACACAAACGCUGGAGAGCGACAGCUUGUACCAGAGCAAAGCGAUUCCGAUCCCAAAGUUCCCACCGCGCGACCGUGAGAGUCGCAACUUCAUCGGACGACUUGCCCGACAGCUGCUCAGGAGGACUGCCCCAGAGACAGCCAUGUACCUCGAGAAGACACGGUCGUGGUACGACCUGAAGACGCGGGCAAAGGUGCUUGGACCAGACAUGUUCAAGGAGAUGCAGGAGUCCCUCGACACGUUUGGACUCAACGGCCUGGACAAACUCUUCAGCUUCAUGCUCGUCGCUGACCUGCAGAAGUUUUCGCUCAACUUCCGUCGACUGUCGCCAACAGCAAAGCAGUCCCUCGUGCAAGUCCGGGAGCACCUGCACCCGUUUGACGCAAACGUCUCAGCCAAGACGUACACUGCGCUGCUGCAGUCCGUGUCGCGGCUCACGUCCGCGUUUGCCGAUCGCAUCGUCCGCAUCGGGCACAUUCAGCUGCUCAGGCGCAUGAUCUCGACACAGCUCAACUACGCAGCCAAGUUUGACGGGAAGCUCAUGCUCGGUGCACUGACUGCUCUGAACACGGCGCUACUGUCUGAGGUUGAGCAGCACUACCAGGACCCCACCAAGCCAUACCCAGGCGGCGACUCGCUUGUGCUUGCGGAGUUGAGCGAGUACCUGGAGGCUGUGGGUGAGGCCGAUCCUCUGGCCAAGAUCUACGUCACCACCAAGAAGCUCGACCACCUCGCCGCAUACGCGUUCUUCACCACCCUCGCACAGCUGCAGCGGAUUGUGUACAGCCGCCCGAUUGGAUCCAUGGUCGCACGCAAACCGGGUGAUGCCGUUGAUGGUCCGGCGUUUGUGUGCGGGAUGCUGACGCUGUUGAAGCAGUUCCACACGACACACACGCACAUGUUCCUCGACCUGGCUGGACAGUACAUUCGCUCCCACGUGCAGUCCGUCACAGAGAACCCAAAGCACCAGGCGACGGACCUUCCGCCGCAGGUCACCAACAUGCUCGCGUUCCUCGAGGAAAUGGCGCGGUUUGGCAAGAUCCCGCGCAAGGUGCUGCAGGCGCACAUUCCAAGCUAUCUCCUCGACGAAUACAAGCACCACGCUGCCUAGAUCGACACACACACGCGCGCGCACACACACACGGCCUGCUUCCCAUUGCUCUUCGCAUCAUCAUCGUCAUCAUCAUCAUUUUCUUCUUCUCGUUCGUCUUCAUCAUCUCAUCACAUCCCUGUUGUGCUGCCGCAUCCCGCUUUGGUCUUGUUGUAUCUGCUCCCUGCCGCUAGAACAUGUGACCUGGUGCCUUUGGCAGCCGCUCUUGUUGCCGCGCUUGCUGCUUGUUUCUUUUUUGCCACCCACAUCUACACGCAUAUGUGCCUCAUUUGCUCUCAAAUCGCCGGCUCGCUCUUGCCCUCCGUUAUUCCCCAAAUUGCACCUGCAAACUGCAUGCUGCGUCGCAUCACAACGCCUUUGUGUGCCGCCCAGUCA